AUGGUCAAGAAAAAGAGUGAAUUGUCAAAAUCCGAAAAUAAUCCUCCGAACACACUUUUCAAUCAUUGUAAUGAUGAACAAACUCUGCGCGAAACGUUGCAUGCUUUCAAAGUGGUCGAGUUGAAAGAUUUGCUCAAAAAGAUGGAAUUAGGAAAGGGAAUUUCAGGACUUCGAAAAGAACAAUUGAUCGAAAGGAUUGUGACUCAUCGACCUUUAUUACCUUCAAAUAAUAAUGAAUUAGAAAAGCCUUCACAAUUGGUGAAGAGAAAACACGAACAAGAUGAUGAAGAAGAGAUAAAAACUCCAACCAAGACGUCAUCGUCACAAACCACAAGCUCUCAAUUUACUUCACCUUCUUCUCUUAUUAACUCUCCAUUUGCUUCUUUGAAUGUUUCAACUCCUGCAGCAUCAUCUUCGACAUCAUCCAUCUUGCAUGAAAGUGUCACAUCUCCAAAAAAGAAGGCAAAACUCACAGAAGAAAAACGAAAAGCAAGAUUUGUACCCAAGCCAAGUAUUGCAACAAAAGAACGAAUUGAAAGAGCCAUGACUCAACGUUUGUAUUUAAUCGAGAGAAAGAAUAGAGUUGAUAACCUUGAAGAGGAAUUUGUCGUAUUGGGAUCGACUGGAAACGUCUACAACGUCAAUAUUUGUGAGGUCCCGAAAUGUUCCUGUCCAGAUUUUGAAAAAGGUCAUCUCUGUAAACAUAUCCUAUUUGUAUUUUUAAGAGUACUUCGUGUGAGUCAAUUUUCCCAUUGCAUUUACCAAAAAGCUCUUCUUCGUUCAGAGCUUGAAUCCAUAUUCAAAGAUGCACCGCCAAUUCCUUCUUCCGUCCAAGCCAGUGAACGAGUUGUCAAAGAAUAUAAACAUUUAUCAGGUGAAGCUCAAGAAAAUUCAGAACAAUUUUCAACAGUGAAGCGACGACCUCUCCAAGAUGUCCAUUGCCCGAUCUGUUAUGAAACAUUUGGUGGAUCUGAGAAGACAGAUUUCUGUAAAAUGUGUGGAAAUAAUAUUCACCAAGACUGCAUCAAAAUGUGGAAGAGUUUUAAUCCUAACUUUCCUUGUCCAGUGUGUCGAGCUCCUCAACUUGGAAAUUUAGCUGCGACUGGAAAAGUGGUGGAAAAUGAAGGAUAUGCAAAUCUUGCAGACUUUCAAAGUGGAAUGACGAGAGAAAGAGAAUAUUAUCAUUCGCCGAGAUGGUAUUCACGAAGGAGAUACUAUGGUGACGAUGAUGAGGAUUAUUAUGAAUCUGCUUAUGAAUAA